AUGGCAGAUCGGUGGGAAAUGCAGAACACAAAGUCCAUGUCUGGAAAGCACAUCUUAGAUGAGGGCGUCAAUGGCCAAGGAAUCCAGGAUCCCAUCGAGCCAGGCUCGAAUGACAUAGACGAAAGAACAACCCAGGAUUACAAGACAGCCAUUGAGCGCAGCAGAGCCUUCGGCGGCGAUCGACUUCGCCACGCAAAGCCCAAUACCACCAAGGGCUAUGAGGAAAGCUCGGACGAGGAGGAUAUUGACAUCUCCUGGCGCCCGGAUCCGUCUGGUCAUCCACGUAGGACCUUUUAG